AGGAGUGUUUUAUUGUUAAAAGCUUUUUUUAUGAAAAUGCAAAAGUUUAACUGAAUUAACAGAAAUAGCCAAAAUAUCGCAAAAAAAAACAGAAGUUAUCGCUAUUCACUUAUGACAAAAUUUUUCGUUGCCGUCGUAAUACAUUUGUGCAUGUUUACCACGUCGGCGCUUAGGAUACCGAAAAGUAUGGUCCAUAAAAAAUGCCGAGACGGUUUGUACCCUUUCAGUCGCGUGAAACGUUUCUCCAUUCCGGACUCUCUAGUUCCGUGGGCCGCGGUGUUCGAAAACUACAAUCCUCCGGAAUACGAGUCGUCCGUGCUGUCGAACAAGGACUGGGCCGAUCCUCCCUUAAGUGACCCGAGUUUCAAACCGAAAUGGAACGAGUUGGACGGCAAGGUAAAUCGGAAAAGUUACGAGGGCGAGUAUUCAAUUUCGGACGGGCGACCGAUGAACCCCGCAGGCAGGACCGGCGUCAAGGGUAGGGGUGUGUUGGGAAAAUGGGGCCCCAAUCACGCCGCGGACCCGAUCGUGACCCGUUGGAAGCGGGUCGACGGCGCGCGAGUGCUCGACACGAAAUCGAACAAGCCCGUCUUGCAAUUUUGCGCUAUUCAGAGGCACGACUGCGACGAGUGGGCGCUGCCGGGCGGUAUGGUGGACCCGGGCGAGAGUGUGAGCGCCACUUUGAAGCGGGAGUUUAUCGAAGAGGCGUUCAACGGCUUGGCGAAAGAACCGAGCGAGCCGGAACUGAGGAUGAUCGAUGAUUUCUUCGAAAACGGCAUGGAAAUCUACAGGGGCUAUGUGGACGAUCCGCGGAAUACUGAUAACGCGUGGAUCGAAACGUGCGCCGUGAACUUUCACGACGACGACGGACGUCGCGUCGGAAAAUUCAGCCUCGAGGCGGGCGACGACGCCAAAUCGGUCCGCUGGACCGACCUCGACGCCGGUCUGAGUCUGUACGCGAACCACGCUGAGUUCCUAAAGCGCGUGGCGGAGAUCCGAGGCGCGUGCUGGUGAACAGAAACCGAUAAUAAAACGCGACGAAAAAAACGAAUGAGUUUAUUUUUGUUUUAUUGCGGGGUCAAAUGUACAAUCUGGAAUAAAUAUCUGCGACGUGGAAGGGUCGAU